CUAGCGCCGCGUGUAAAGCUUUUGUGUGAAACAACUUUGGGCAGGGCCAACGCACUCGCACUGUGCCAUGCACAUGCGAUGAACUGAUGAAUUUCAAUAGUCAGCCUCAAUAGGGUGCAUCCACGGUACGUAGCACCCACACCUGAAUACUUAAGUUUUGAAGUACCGAUACGCCCUUAUACCUUCAUACAUGUACACUGUACAUGUACCCCUCAAUACGUACAUGAAUCAGCAUAGGGGAAAAAACAGUCUGUGAAAUUUAGGCCUAUGUACAUGUAUGUGACGCAUAAUUGUAACUGCCCCAGGCUCCGGCUGUUCACGAGAGAGGGCUUGCUAGCGUGGGGGAGCUACAACUGGGUGGGCAGACAUCGACAGUGGUUGUUUCGACCAGAGAGCAAGGAACAUAACGGUACCUGCCGACAAUGAAGAACGAGCCACCUAUGCAAGAGUUGAAGUGUGCAGACAAUGAAGAGGGGCCUUCACCUCAGGAAAAAAGCCGGCCAGUUUGGCACUCAAAGGCCGAAUUCUUUCUUUCCUGCCUUGGCUAUGCCGUGGGCCUCGGCAACAUUUGGCGUUUUCCAUACCUGUGCUUCGAGAAUGGAGGAGGUGCCUUCCUAAUUCCAUACGGUCUCGCCUUGGCAGUUGCCGGGAUGCCAACAUUCUUCCUGGAUCUUGCCUUUGGCCAAUACAGCAGUCUUGGGGCCAUCUCAGUGUGGAGGUGUGUUCCAUUGAUGAGAGGCCUGGGUUACGGCCAGAUCUUCAUCUCCUUCCUGGUGGGCACCUUCUACAAUGUCAUCAUCAUGUACUGCUUCUACUUCUUCUUUGCCUCCUUCACCACCGCCCUGCCCUGGGUGGGCUGCGGCCAUGAGUGGAACACGGCAUUCUGCAGCGAGCUGGCCAGCGACUGCCUGGAAGCCGGCGGGGUCAUGACCCUGGACAAUACCUGCGUCGCGCUGGCGAACCUGACGGACGAUGAGUUGGACAGCCUCAACAUCACACAGGAUGGCAACAGCAGCUUCGAUCUGUCGGAGUACACUGAUCCAUUCAGAUUGGAGAGGAAGUUUCCCAGUGAAGAGUAUUGGAAGCGGGCUGUCUUGCAAGAGUCGGCAUCUAUGAAUGAGACUGGUGGCCUGAUCUGGCAGCUGUUGCUCUGCCUCUUCCUCACCUGGCUGGUGGUCGUACUGUGCAUCAGCAAGGGGAUCAAGACAACAGGAAAGGUGGUGUACUUCACUGCGCUUUUCCCCUAUGUGUGUCUGUUUGCACUUCUGAUCCGUGGCGUCACGCUGCCAGGGUUCCAGAAAGGCAUCAGUUUCUUCUUUAAUCCCAAGUGGGAGACGUUGAAGAGACCGAAGGUGUGGUUGGAUGGAACUAGCCAGAUAUUCUUCUCACUUGGGGCAGGCACCAGUGGCGUCUUGACACUGGGAUCAUACAAUAAGUUCCACAAUAAUUGCUUCAUUGAUGGCACCACCAUUGCUUUUCUCAACUCCGCCUCCAGCAUCUUUGGGGGGGUGGUCAUUUUCUCCAUCCUGGGCUUCAUGGCUGAGAAGCAGGGCUUAGAAGUUAGGGAUGUGGUGUCUCAAGGCUUUGGUCUUGCAUUUAUCGCAUAUCCCGAAGCUGUCAGUAAGAUGCCGGUGGCGCCUGUCUGGUCUGUUCUCUUUUUCUUUAUGCUCAUCACUGUUGGCCUUGACAGUCAGUUUGUUAUCAUUGAGAGAAGCUUGACGGCCUUGACAGAUGAGUUUCCCCUGUGUCGGCACCAUCGUCAGCUAACCACUGGGGCAGUCUGCCUAUCGCUAUGCCUGAUUGGAAUGCUGUGUGUGACUAAUGCUGGUCCGUACUGGCUAGCCCUUUUCAAUGGCUAUGGCCCAUCCUACUCCUACAUACUGUUCUCCUUGUGUGAGACUCUGGCCCUGAGCUACCUGUAUGGCAUUCGGCGACUGAUCAACGAUAUCCGCGCCAUGAUUGGUGACAAGUGGGUGGAUAUCCCGACCUUCUUAUGGUUUCCUGUCUGCUGGUGUUUGAUCACCCCUGGUGUUCUUUCUGUGGCGCUGGUAGGGGGAUGGGUAUUCCGUAAUGACCCGGAGUACAACGGUCCCUUCCCCCCUUGGGCCAUGGCCAUUGGCUGGUCAUUCACGUUCUUUGCCUUCAUCGGAAUUCCAUUGGUCUGGAUCAAGGACCUGGUCAUGAACAAGGGAACCCUGUAUCAGCGUUGGCAUGCAAUGAUUACCCCUCUGGAAUCUUGGGGACCAGCCAAAGAAGUGGACCGCCAGCAUGCCUGGAAUGUCCAUCUGGAGCACGGGACCAGCAUGGGCGGCACCCUGCCCCUGCCCAACUACGCCCAGGAUCUGGAUGGCGAGAUCGAAUCAGAGACCAAGUUUUGAGCUAUUUGCUCUACACUGAUCAUUGCCAGCUGUAAGAAAAGAGUGCAGUGUGAUGAUUACCAUUGGUUGAGACCAUUUUUGAGACCAGGCACAAGACCAGUCACAAGGAACGGGAUAAACAGUCACGAUUGGAGGAAUGUUUUUGUUGUAUCCAGUGAGUUCAGACUGGAGUUCUUGUGUCUAGGUCUUGAGAUUAUUUUUUUGGGGGGGUCUUGUGGUCAUCUUAAGGAGAGGGGUCUUGACAACACGCUUUUCAACAUAGCCAGAUAUAGUGUAGCCAGUGUCUGAAUCAGUCCGUUGCUUCUGAGUGGAAGUUGCUUUCAUCGAUGCUUGCUUCCUUUCCUCAACCAGAACUCCUGGACAUAGACAUGUGCUAAUGUCACCCGUCAGCAUUUAAGAAGUACUCCUAAAUACCACUGUGUGUCUAUUCUCAUUGGUCCAGAGCCUGUCACAUGGCCAGUUUAAAAUGGGUGUUUGAGACUGGUUUCAAUACACUGGGCAUGUGCACAUGGUUGAAUUCAACAGAGGUUUUGCUGAGCAUUGACUACUUUGUUUAUUUCAAAUUUCUUUUUCAAUUUGGGUCACAUAAUUGUGGGAAGAAUAGUAAUGAACUUAAUCCCUUUGCUUCCGGAGACGGCAAGAGCCGCGGCUUUGUGUGAGGAUUAGUGCAUACCACACAUACAGUCUAUUCACCAUGCAGCUGCUGGUUUAAUGGGGCCGGCUGAUGGACAAAGCCCUCCAUUCAGGGCAUACCACAGCCCAGCAUUCAUGGUCAAAAGAAUGACCGGCGCGAAGGGGUUAAAAAAAUGAUGUAAUGAUAACAAAACCCAUUCUUAAAUUUAAUUAAAACUUCACAGAUCAACUCAAAGUGAAUGUUUUUACGCACGCUUUCCAAGUUUCAACAAGAUUAGGCCUGUGAUGGCUGAUAUUUGGGGGGGGUAGUGAUGGAAGAUGGUCUGAAGAAGUCGGCUCUUUAAGGUUGAGACUAGGCUAUCACACUUGUUGUCCUGUUGUACAUACAAGUGUGUGUGGUCUAAUUCUUGGUUAUGUUACCUUUAGUGCUAGGCUUUAGACUUUGAGUCAACAAGACCCACACCCUUAGUGUAGAUGCAUUUUCCAUUUAUACACAUUAGACUCGCAUAUUUUUGAUAUACAAUCCUGGAGCUCGCGGAUAAAGCAGCAGCAGAAGCUCCAAUUGAGAAAAUGGUGCAUGAAAUUACCCAACAAGUUACGCAAGCAUGAUUUGUUUUACAGAAAUAGACACAGAUUGUUCAACUCAAAACUUUAACUCCAAACUCUGUCUCUGCCAUUUAACUCUUGCAAAAUAGGACAGUAAAAAACGUGAGUUUUUGCUUUAUUAUUUUAGCCAAAGAAAUGCUGUCAUUUUUUAAGAUUGUGAUUGUGCAUUUUUUAAUACAUGAAUCAAGUACAAAAAAGAAUGUGUAUGUAUAGAUUGUUUUACAGACUGAAAUUGAACUCAUGCUUUUCAGCUGCGUAUAAUUUCUCAGGUUCAAAGCGCAAUGCACAUCAGUCAAAACCUCGUGUUGAAUGUGUUUUACACCUGCCAUUGAUGUUCUUAACGAGGACUCAACAAUUUAGUUUUAUAUCAGUAAAAGAAACAUUGUAGUUCAGAACAGUAACAUGAACUAGCUAUUCUUAAUUUUGAGGAUUUUUCUUUUACUAAUCAAUGUGUAACUGAAAAAAGCAUGCUUAAUAUUGUAAUAUAUUAUGUUUUCAUAUUUCUCUGCAGUAGGAAUACUGCAUUUCUAAUUAGGUGUAUUGUGGUAGUUUAAAGGGCCUUUACAACACAAUAAUUUUGCAGCCCUUGAAAAUGUACCAUUUUUCCAAUGAACCUUAUUUUCCAUUUUUGCUUUGCUAUUUCAAAAGGUAUAUGAUGCCUGUUUUAUUUUUAUACUAUUGUGAGUUUUCACAUUGGUGAGAAAAACAGUGAUGUCAUUUAAGAGAGAGAAAAUCUCAUUGCUACCUUGAUUUGUGCACAACAUCUGCUGAAAUUGUUGAUAUUUUGCUGUUCUACGUUUCCUUCUCAUUUUCAAUGUGUUAUGUGAUUUCUUUGUAAUAAGCUAACAAGCAACCCUGUCUCUAAUGAGCAAAUGUUGAGUUCCUGAUUUGAACAGAAAAACAUUCAUCGACUGAACAGUGUUUUUCCUGAUUAACCUCAUGACAAGAGCACUCUCAUGAGUUGCCUAUAAAAGCUUGGACAAUUUUACAAGUUCAAACAGUGCACUUUUCAAUGCACUUUACCCGCAAAGGAUGUCAAAUAGUUUCCUUUCAAUUCAGAAGAGUGUGCAACAUGUGUGGCUAAGAAAACUUCAUGUGGACCCUUUAAUGGGAAAUGUCUAAGAAGAAAAUUUGGAAUAACAACUUACAUUUAACAAAAACUUUAUUGAUCUCAUUUAGUGAACUGACCUUAUAAACUUGUUUCCUGGGGAAUCUUUUAUAUUUUAUAUAAAAUAUUUUAUAAAAAUGAGGAAUUUUAUUAGUUCUGAAAGUGUUCCUGUCAGCUUAAGUAUCUUUUGCCAAUUCUGAUAUGUUUUGUGUCUUGAGAGCUAAAGAUAAUUUUUUAUCAAAAUUAUUUUGUAUAGAUUACCAACGAUGUAUAGGGACUUUUUGUCUGGGUAUUCAUUUUUCAUGUAAUUUUAGGAUAAUUUCUUGAGAUACUUGAUGCAGCUAAUUGUUUCUUUAAUUUAAGGAACUACUAAAUAUUCAUUUGAUAAGUCAAGGUAUUUUUGGAGUAAAUGGGGCACUAAAUCGAAUGAUUGUGGGGCAGUUUGCCCCACAAACCCUGGGAGUUUCAAGGGCUUUUAGUCCUAGUGUUUUGAAAAGUUUGACAUGUCAGUGAGUUUGACAUGAAUUUAAUAGUUGCCGAGAAUGUGAGCGUUAGAGACUUUGCUUGCUCUCUGCUGUUAAUAGAUGCCAAAUCUUCUUGCAGCUUACCUUUGAUGUAUUCAAUUUGCCACUGUUGGCUAACAGAUAUCCCUCAACUCGUAAAUGUUGUAUGCAUGCUUGCACAUAGAAGUGAGAACGAAGGUUGCCAUAUGUCAAUAAAACGACCAAAUGCUUUUUGCGUUUUGGUCACUAUGAAUGAUUACAAUUAA